AUGCUUGAGCCGCUGUUAAGCUACCACCGACGAAGAACAGGCGGAAGCCGUCGUCGACUCCGGAAAGUGAGACAAAGCUCGAGGGGGGGAAUUGGUGAAAUCGACCAAAAAGACAACAUGAAAAUGUCAAAAAAGCAACUUUGUCGAGCCACAGAGGAAAAGGAGCGUCAAUGGCCACAACGGGAAACAGUUUCCUCCACUCAAAUUGACCAAGAUGUCCAGCAGCCGAUUGGUCGUCAGCAGGAGCAUCGGCAGACCUCCCACGUUAAAGAGGAAGAGGAGGAUCCACAGCUGUCCCAUGUUAAUGAGGAAGAGCAGAAUCCAGAGGCCCAGCACGUCAAAGAGGAGGAGCCAGAACACCCCCAUGUGAAAGAGGAAGAGGAGGAUCCAGAGACCCUCUACAUUAAGGAAGAAAAGAAGGAGACUGACGUCAGCAAAUUGCCACUGACUGGUGUCUCUGUGGAAAGUAAAGACAAAGACAAAUCACCUGAGUGGUCACAGCUGCGUCAUCGCAGUCCAAGGGGCGCCCACUGUGGAGGACCACCCCCAGACCACCUCUUAGCUCCACUGUCAGACAGUGAUGACAUGGAAGGACCUUUGAGGGGUGAGGCAGACUGUGAAGGUGACGACAAACCGUGGAAAUGCUCUGAAAGGGAAAGGACUCUGGCCAUCAAGGAAACUUCACAAAUGCGUCCAAAACUUUUUACCUGCUCAGUUUGUGGUAAAAGUUUUGCUAAAAAACAACAUAUGAUGACACACAUGAGAACACACACAGGCGAAAAACCCUUCAGUUGCUCAACUUGUGGUAAAACCUUCUCUCAAAAGCCACAUUUGGAAUCACACAUGAGAACACACACAGGCGAAAAACCCUUUACUUGCUCAUUUUGCAGUAAAACAUUCUCACAAAAAGAAAAUAUGGAAUCACACAUGAGAAUCCACACAGGAGAAAAACCAUAUACCUGCUCAACUUGUGGUAAAACAUUCUCUCAAAAGCCAUAUCUGGUAUCACACAUAAGAACACAUACAGGAGAAAAACCCUUUCCUUGCCCAUUUUGUGGUAAAACAUUCUCUCGAAAGGAACAUGUGAAAUCCCACAUGAAAAUGCACACGGGAGAAAAACCCUUUAGUUGCUCAUUGUGCGAUAAAACAUUCUCUCAUAAGUCAAAUCUUGUAGCACACAUGAGAAGACACACAGGAAAAAACGCCUUGAGGUGUUCAGUUUGCCAUAAAACAUUCUCUCGAAAGGAACAUGUGGAAUCACACAUGAGAACUCACACGGGAGAUAAACCCUUUCGUUGCUUUGAGUGUGGUGAAAGCUAUGCUCUUAGGGCCAAUUUGACUGCACACAUACAAACACACAACCAGGAGAAAAUCAAUGUUUUACAGGAGUGAUCAGACAGGCGAAAUUCAGUGAGGGGCCAGCUUGAGUCUGAGUCCCGCUAUGUCUGAAUGACCAACAUCUUCGCACUAGACUUUCAUCUUUUUCAAUGUCCAAAAAUUGGUUACAUUCUCUUUACCAACAAUUUUCAAAGUCCUUUGGUUUCAAAAAUUCCAGAAAGUCCAGAAGGAAAAAAAUACACAGUGCGACAUC